GUUAAUUAUUCUCUUUUUUUGUUAUCCUCUUAAUGAGCAACCUGUAGUAACAUUAAAAAAAACUUGAAAGGAGUCAGUCCCUCACCAGCCAUGAACCUCACGUCACUGAUAACUUGUGUUCAAAGCUGAAAGUUUUGAUGCCUGAUUGACUGUCAAAGCUGACGCUUCCGUAGCCAAACACACUUGUGCUUCACACAGCACAGAACUGGUGCAUUCAAGGUCCGCCGAAAAAAGUGCGAAAUCUGAAGGUUUGACGAAAUGACAUUAUUAAUGAAGCAUAAAGACAUAAACAUGUAAAAAUUGUGGGCUUUCUAAGAGUGGUCCAUGUAUGGUGUACAUUUUACCUGUAUGAUCACGUAUUUAUAAAUUAUUAUCGACUUAUGGUGAAUGAGAUGUGUUUUCUGCAGAACAGUCUAUUUUUUUUACAAAAAAAAAAUGUUUUUGAAGACUAUCCCUCAUUUAUUGCGGUUGACUGGUUCCAGACCCAACCGUCAUAAGUGAAUUAUCGCAAAAUAGGAUUCCUUCUUUGUAAAUGAUACAUUUUCGUAGUUAUUGCAUAGCAAACUUGUUCACGACCAUCUAAUUACGUUUUUUUAUGUUUUUAGAGCCCUCUAGACAUGAAAUAACAUGCAUAUAGUCACCUUUAUAUUUGUGUUAGCCAAUAUAGUAAAACCUGUGCUUGUGUGUGUCGCAGUAAAUGUGUUCCCUCAGGGAGCUGAGCAACGGCUGGAUAGGAAGUGACGUUGGGGGUUCAGAGUUGAGUUUCAGGUUUUCGUGGGGAAUGCAACAGCAACACUAGUCCGUGUUCUUAUUAAGAUUAUUACUAUUGUUAUUAUUAUGUUAUUAUUAUUAUUAUUGUGCUUGUUGUGAGAUAAUUUCAAGCUGCAAUAAAAGCCUGUUGCUCCGUCGAUCAAGUCUGAAGCUUUUCUCACCGAACAAUUACUGACACCUAGUGACCAAUGUAGAGUACUACAUUCACAAUGUGAAUGCAUUUUCCUAAUAGCUGUAUUUGUAUUUUAGUUCAUUUAGCCACUAUUAUGCUAGAAAAUGCUUAAUUUAGGCAAAAAAAAUGUAAACUUUGCAUAAACGCAAAUAUAAGCCUUAUUCAUCCAUGAAACAGCAUGAUUUAUUAAUUAUGAAUGUUUGAAAAACCGUGAUAGAGUGAAGCCGUGAAAUUGUAACUGCGAUGUGGGAAUGGACGACUGUAUUUAAUCAUAUAUCUCAUGAAUAGAGGAUUCAUUUUAUUUUUAGAAUACGCGAAGGGCUAAUGAAAACAAGCUGUGGGCCAAAAGUGGCCCCCGUGCCACACUUUAGACACCCCUGAAAUACGCUUACUUCUUUGCCUUCUUUGCCUCCUAACAUCUUUUGCUGAAUCUGGUCUGACGUCAUGGAAUAAGUGUUGCAAAAAAAGCGACAAAAAUCCAGAAAAAGCACAGAGAUAUAACACAUAUGAGAAGAUUUGUCAAAGUCUUGUGUUUUACGCAUAUUUUUCCCAAAAUCUGAGGUUUAAUUGGACAGGAUUUAACAUUUUUCAUAUUUGAGAAAACAUAAGACUCUAUGUUUUGGCAUCACAAACGACAGUAAAUUGCUGUCAUCAAAUUGAACGUCCCGUCAGGUGGUAGGUAUUUCUAUGUGAAUGGCACCGUUUCCUCUAUUGUUUGCUAGGUGAGGAAUAACAAAUUGUUAAGACAUGCUUUUUUGUGGCCAAUUACCAAAUAUCCAAAAGUACAUAAAAUCUCCACGUUUAGCAUCAAGUCAAUUUAAAAAUGUACUGUAAAGGUAUUCACCAUAUAUUUAUAUUUAAGAUGAUGAUGAAAUUACUUAUUGCAAUGUGGAAAUCUAGGGCCACCCGGAAUUUUCCCCAAGAAGAAACCCACCAUUUUUACCAGUCAGUGCAAUGGGAGUAGCCCGUGUGCCUUGCAUGCAAAAAAAACUUCCCAGCAUGUAAUAAGCAUGUUUAACCAUGUCUUGUCACUUCCCACCCAGUCAUAAUUCGCCUAUAUAUUAAGACAAGACAUAGGUCCAGAAAUAAGCAUUCACCAAGACUGAGAAGCCGAGAAGUCUCCAUUACUCCAUCAUUAUGCGCAGCACCAGAAGUCUCCUCCUGUUGGUUCUGCUAGUCCAGUCUCUCCUGAGCAAAGUGUGGAGCACUCCAAUGUGUAACAACCAGUGCUGUCGCUUCGUGGAGCGCUUCCCCGGCAGGCUCAGAAAGCUGCGACAAGAUUAUUUACAGAUUAGGGACUUUUACGAAGCAAACGAUGACCUGCACACCGCGCUGCUAGACCAGAGUGUCGAGGAGUCAUUUAAAACGCCGUUUGCCUGCCACGCCAUGAGCAGCAUACUGGACUUUUACCUGCGGACGGUGCUGCCCACAGCACUAUCCGGGGUGACGGAGGACACCAGGGAGCUGAAGCCUCACAUGGAGUCCAUACAGCAGAUAUUCGAUGAGCUGAAGAGAGAGGUCAAUAAAUGUAGAAAAUACUUUGCCUGCCAGAGGCAGUUUGACAUCAUAAAUCUAAAUUCGACGUACAGUCAGCUGGAGGAUAAAGGUGUGUACAAAGCCAUGGGGGAGCUGGACGUGCUCUUUAACUACAUUGAAACAUAUUUGGCUUCUAAACGCCACAGGAGCCAUCCUGUGUCCUUGUGAAGACCCUCAUCAAUGGGAACUGGAUCACUUCAGGAAGCAAAGGACUUUGUGUAGAUUCAGAUAUAUUAUUUACCACUUGUGUGAGCAACGCGGGUGGACUGUAUUGGAAUCAUAUUGAGUCUGUUGUGUCUAUUGAAAUAUUUAUUUUUUUUCAUGCUGUCUUUUUUCUAUUUAUUUGGAAUUGAUUCACAAUAAAUG